GCUCGGCCUCCCCCCGUAUCGUUCCCCUUCUCCAGCUCUCCCUCGCUCCCAGCGGCGGCGCCUCGUCGGAGCCGCCCCUCGACGGCGGCUAGCCUCCCUCGUCGGACGCGCUCAUCGACGGCGGCGCGAGCCUCCCCGCGCGGCCCCUGGGGAUUCUUGCAGAACUUGAGUACAGCCCUGUGGGGUUCAUCAUCAGCUGUUGAAGGUUAAAGAGUGACUCAGUGGUAGAGACCAGAACAGGUGGUAGUGGUAAGCUUAGAGGAGAUGUACCGUGGUGGGCUUGACCGCUUCAAGAAAGCUCAGGCCUUGGAGCCCUUCUCGGUGCAGCAGUCUGGUCCUGGCGCAAAGAGCGUGCCCACAGCUGUGAAAGUGCAGCCAGCUCCAUUGGUGCCGCCGCAAAACUCACAUCUUGGUCCCAGCCAGAGUCAGCAUGCUUCGCAGAGUGCCGGCUCAAGCGUGGCCGGGCAAGAAGCUGCUGGAGCCCCCAGACCCGCCGGGACGCAGUUUGGUGGUGGGCAGUCGACGUGGCAACCGCCGGACUGGGCAAUUGAGCCGCGCCCUGGGGUUUACUAUCUUGAGGUGAUGAAGGAUGGAAAUGCCAUUGAUAGGAUUAAUCUGGACAAGAAGAGGCAUAUAUUUGGGAGGCAGGUGCCUGCUUGUGAGAUUGUCUUGGACCAUCAGUCCGUCUCACGUCAACAUGCUGCUGUCGUUCCACACAAAAAUGGAAGCAUCUAUGUUAUCGAUUUAGGAUCUGUUCAUGGUACAUUUGUUGCAAACGAGAGAUUAACUAAGGACAGCCCUGUUGAACUUGAAGUUGGACAGUCACUUCGCUUUGCUGCAUCAACCAGAGCAUAUGUUCUACGAAAGAACACCGCUGCUUUUUUUCCCACUCAAAGCCUCCCGUCAGAUGUGAGUUUGCCGUCUCCUCCAGACUCUGACGAUGAAGACGCCGUUGUUGCAUACAAUACAAUACUUAAUCGCUAUGGUGUUAGCAAAUCAGAAGUGCCAUUGAAGAGAAAAAGUUCUUCUGGGGAUGCUUCUGCUUCUGCUGUAAAUGAUGACAACCAGGCAGUCGGUAGACCGUCAAAGAGAAGCAAAAAGCGGAGAGUGUCAUUUAGAGAUCAAGUUGGUGGAGAGCUUAUUCAGGUGGUUGGGAUUUCUGAUGGUGCAGAUGUUGAAACUGAACCAGGCCCAGUUGGUGUGAAGGAAGGCAGUCUUGUUGGGAAGUAUGAGUCUCUUGUACAGGUUACUGUCAUACCAAAAGGAAAGGAGCAAACUUCAUCAAAGGACAGUGCCUCCCACAGUGGGGUAACAGAUAAGCUACAACAGAUGCUUAACAAAGUUAAAAGCACAUCCAGAGGUGGUAUGUAUGAUGACCUUUACGGGGACUCUGUUCCAGCAAAGCUGGGCUCAUCAUGGGCGUAUAAAUCCGAUGGCCAGCCAGAGCAAGUCAAAGUUGUUGAUGAAAAGAAGUCUAGCAGGGACGUGGGUGCAAAUCCAGCUGAUGAUAGUGAUGAUGACUUGUUUGGCGACUAGUUAUUUUGUCACAUUUCCAGUUAGUAGUGAAUUGCCUUGAUUACAAACACAUGGCAGCAGAAAUGUUAUGUUUGCCUUGGGUAUUUUGCUUUGUUCUACAUGAUUGUAUCCUGCUGUGAAUCAAGGUAAUCUCUUUUUUGCCUAAUAUUAAUGUUAGAGCAUGCUUUCUUA